AUGAACAAGCCUGCAAUUUUAACUAUAGACAAGCCUAACAAUUUGAAUAAUCAAGAUAUUAUUGAAGAUAAACUGACUUGUCAACUUGAUAUCGACUCUGAAAAAUAUGAUAAUAAUGUUUUAGAUAAUGCAAAUAAUGAGAUUAAAAUCAGUUCAGAAGAUAUUUCUAUAAACAUU